AAUCUUCUGGUCGGCAGCAUGAAGCGGUUUUCUGGAGAGGUGGCGAACGGCUACGGCGUCACCGGUGUGUACGUGCCGCGCGCGGCCCCAGAGACUGCCGCCAACGCCAACGCCAAUGCCACCGGCCUGGCCUCUCCAGAGAAGCAGCCUCCGGGGGCGGAGGCGCCGCGCUCCCACACCAAGCCGGCGGUAUGGCCGCAGUUCCUCGCCGCCUGCGUCGUGAACCUGAACACGUUCGCGUUCGGCUCGUCGAUGGUGUGGCCGGCGAUGGCGCUGCCGCAGCUGCAGUCGGCCGAGGACGGCGUGGUGUCGCUGCCGCUGACGGUCGACGAAGGCUCCUGGGUGUCGUCGCUGCUCGCCGUCGCUGCCGUCGUCUUCACGCCCGUCUUCUCGGGGCUCACCGAGUUCGUCCCCCGCAAGCCGUUCGGCUACCUCACCGUGGCGCCGCUGCUCGUCUCCUGGAUCCUCAAGAUCGCCUCCACUAACACGGGGUACCUCUACAUCGCAAGGAUCCUGGCGGGCAUCAACGCGGCGGCGUCGCUGGUGCUGCCCUCUAUAUACGUGAGCGAGAUCGCGAGCAACGAAGUGCGCGGCGCGCUCGGCUGCCUGCUGGGGCUGAUCAGCAACUCGGGCGUGCUGUUCUCGUACGUGGUGGGCGCCUACCUGCCCUACUCGGCAGUCCUCUACCUCAACCUGGUGCCGCUGCUGCUCUUCGCCGUUGGCUUCGCCUUCCUCCCUGAGACGCCCUACUGGCUGGCCAAGAAGCGCCAGUACCCGGAAGCCCGGCAGUCGCUGCGGUGGCUGCGGCGCGGCAUCACGGAGGAUCAGCUGGAGCACGAGAUGGCGCUGAUCGAGGCCUCCCUGGGGCGGCACAAGGCCAAGGCGGGGGCGGACGCGGGGGCGGAUACGGGGGCGGAGCGACCGGCGCUGGAGCGGCAGGCGUGCUCGCGGGCCGCCGUCGUCGGGCUGUGCCUCAUCGUCAUGGUCGCCGUCAACCAGCAGCUGUGCGGCCUCUUCGCCGUCAUCAACUACGCCGUCUUCAUCUUCGAGGAAGGGGGCAACGCACUGUCUCCGGAGCUCGCCACAAUCAUCAUGGGCGUUCUACAGGUGGCCGGCGGCGCCGUGUCCACCCCGCUGAUGGACUACGUCGGCCGACGCACGAUAUUUUUCGUGACGAACGUGUUCGCCUCGGCGUCGCUGAUAGCCCUGGGCGCGUACUUCUACCUGCGGACGGAGACGGCCACGGACGUGUCGUCCGUGGGCUGGCUGCCGGUGCUGUGCCUGUCGCUGUUCGUGAUGGUGAUGGCCGUGGGCCCCGGCCCGCUGCCCUACGUGCUGGUGAUGGAGCUGGUGGCGCCGCGCCUGCGCGGGCUCGCAUCGGUGCUCGGCUUCUGCACCAUCUGGGGGCUGGCCGCCCUCAUGAGCAAGCUCUACCCCUUCAUGUCCGACGCCAUGGGCGAAUACGGCUCCUUCUGGUUCUUCGCGGCCGUCAGCAUCGCGUGCACCGUCGUCGGACUGGCGGCGCUGCCUGAGACCAAAGGCCGGCCUCUGGACAGCAUCCUCAGGGACCUCAACGGCGGCAGGAGUGUCUUCACCGUCAGCUCCUAGUUCCCACCGGCCGACGGCACGGCGAUACGCGAGCGUCUCCGUCAAGCUACGUGUACUGUAGUGCAAAUUGCAGUAUUUAUACAAUUCUUUCAUAAUGAAAGUACCGACAUAGGUGUGCUACGCUACCUGACUAUGUACGAAUCACAGCCAUGCACUCUAUAAUAAACAUGCUGAAACGGCUCAUUUGUUACCAACGUCAGAAAAGCGUAGCUUAACAUCCACGUCUACGUCUAUACUCAGCAAACCGCCGUGAGAUGCGUGGCAGAGGAUACGUCCCAUUCUACCAAUUAUUAGACUCUCUUCCCAUUCCACUCUCGUACAGAUCGCGGGAAGAAUGAUUUUUUUUCAGUGCCUUUUGUGUGUGCAGUAAUUAUUCUAAUCUUAUCCUAACGAUCCCAAAGUGAUCCAUACGUAGGGAGUUCCAGAAAGAGAUUUUCACUCUGCAGCAGAGUGUGCGCUGAUAUGAAACUUCCUGUCAGAUUAAAACAGUGUCUCCGACCGAGACUCGAACUCGGGACCUUUGCCUUUCCCGGGCAAGUGCUCUACUAUCUGAGCUACCGAAGCACUACUCACGCCCGCUCCUCACAGAAGUAAGGCUGUGAGGACCGGGCGUGAGUCGUGCUUCGGUAGCUCAGAUGGUAGAGCACUUGCCCGCGAAAGGCAAAGGUCCCGAGUUCGAGUCUCCGACGGGCACACAGUUUUAAUCUGCUACGAAGUUAUGUAGGGAGUUGUAGGAGGGACGCCGAUGCACCACAUGUUUUUCUUCAAAAAUUAUUUAUUGAACACAAUGAAACGUACACACAAGAAAGACUGAUAUUUCUUCCACAAUUUCUAUUUUUCCACGUAAUCUCCUUCUUCUCCCAUGGCCUUCCUCCAGCGGGACACAAGGAUGUAUAUGCUCUGUCGGUACCAAAAACGGUUCAAAUGGCUCUGAGCACUAUGGGACUUAACUUCUACGGUCAUCAGUCCCCUAGAACUUAGAACUACUUAAACCUAACUAACCUAGGGACAUCGCACACAUCCAUGACCGAGGCUGGAUUCGAACCUGCGACCGUAUCGGUCGCGCGGUUCCAGACUGUAGCGCCUAGAACCGCUCAGCCACUCCCGCCCGCUUACAGACGUCAUUUUGAAACAUUGCUGCAGCUACGCUAUCUGUUGGAGGUAACGAAAAUUUUGCACUGGCACUCCGGAAACUUCAAAUAAUCCUUAUAUAAAGUUUCGCAUUCCUACCAUUGUUGCCUGCUGAAAAACAAAUGUGGUGCAUUACUCUCUGGGCAACCCUCGUAGUAUAUUCCUAGAGACAUCACUAAAGGCGGUUCUCGAAACUGUUGGUAUAGUUUACGUCUAUCUUCAAGAGUCUUCCAGUUCAGUUCCUUAAGUAUCUCUGUGACACUCUCUCAUGGAUCAAAUAAACGUGCGACCAUUCUCAAGAUACCUUCAAUAUCCCUCCUAUUCCUACUUGGCACGGCUCCCACGAGUAUAGCCAUAUUCUAGAACCGGUAGCACGAGUAAUUUGUAAGCGAUCUCCUUUAUUAUAAUAUGAACAUUUAGCUACAUGGAACACACAGACACCCAUUUCCGAGAAAAAGCUCUUGUAGAAUAUUGUAGAGUCACGAAAACAGAUACAUGUAAGAAGUCAGACUAAAUUAAGACGUUCCAGUUUCAGCAUUCCAUUUUCCUACUCCAAGCAAUAAGGUAUUAAAAAUUUUCCUGACCGAACAGCAAACAUUUAACACUAGAGUUAUCCAAAAUGUGGGGACAAACAGUUCAGACAAGAAGCGAAGACACCUGAAAAGUGGAGCUACAGAAGAAUGCUGGUGAUUAGAUGGAUAGAUGAAGAAGCUAAGGAGGAGGUUCUGAACUGAAGUGGGGGAGAAAAGAAAUUUAUGGCGCAACUCGACCAAAAACAAGGAAGCCACUUUUCAGUAUACUCAAUAUCGGAACUUAACUAGUCGUACCGAAGGACAAACAACAUCCACUCUCUCAUACCUCGCUUCUCAUAUCACGCAGUGCAAAAGAGAACAGAUAAUUGUACUACUGCGAGAGGUGGUGCACUAGACUCUCCACAUCUCUGUAUCCGUCUUCAGUACUUACUUUUAUAACAAACCUCGAAAAUUAUUUAUUUGCAGCUGCUUGCAUGAUAUGUUCGACCACUGGGAACAAAUACGAGCAAAGGUUGAAUUAUUCAUCAAAUAAAGAUAGCUUUAAAAAUUAA